AUGAUGAGCAUACAUAUAUGGUGUUUACAAGUAGUGUUCCAUAUACACAUCUCGAGCUCCAAAUUGCCUGCGGAACUGAGAAAGCCAAAGGGCACGAGAAGAAAAUCAAGAGGCGUGGAUCCCACAUGGACCCUACCCGGAAAGCUAUUCGUAUAUGACUUCAACCUGAGGCAAGUGUUCCCUCUCUCGGAGACAAUAUCGUACAAAUACUGGUCCUUUGACGAGGUGGGUGCAAUGCACGUGAUCAUGACUGUGUGGCCAAUGCUCUCUGUCCCUUUAUUAACAAGGAAGAGGAUGCCGUCUUUUUCAGCCUGGAGAACGAGGAAGCGGACAGUUGUACUGAAAGCGGCGGCCCGAAUCCCAGUGCUUGCUGCUGUAGUGCUCGGACAGCUGUGCGGACGAGCCCAGAAAGUGGCAGUUGCGGAUGGGGCAAGCGCAGGGGGAGUAUGGGCAGUUGUCCUCUUCGUGCUCCUUGCACUUGAUGUGGGGGCACCCGUACUGUGA